AUGAUGAGAUCUGAUGACAACAAUACGAGUAUGAGUAAUGCAAUGAACACAGUCCCAAGCAUGAGUGAAUCUUCUUCAUCUUCUGCUUUUCAUUCCAUUUCUCAAAAUACCCCUAAAUCAACUGCUCGUGUUCAAGGUAGUACCGCAGUAGCUGCCUGUUCUCCAUCAACGUUACCCGCAACACAACAAGUCGCCCCUCAAGUCGCAGCUGUGGAUUGUCACGCAGAUCCUCAUGAUAAUUCUGAGUUUCUGUCAGUUUUUGAGUGUCCUGUUUGCUUGGAAUAUAUGCUCCCACCAUAUUUACAGUGCAAUUCAGGCCACUUAGUUUGUGGCAACUGUAGGCCUAAAUUGCAAUGCUGUCCAACAUGUCGAGGCUCAAUACCUAAUGUACGUAACUUGGGGCUUGAGAAAAUUGCGAAUACUAUUCGAUUCCCAUGCAAAUUCGCUUCAUCGGGUUGUGUACUUGUUUUCUAUCACCAAGAGAAAGUUGAACAUGAAGAGAGCUGUGAAUACAGGCCUUAUGGAUGUCCUUGUCCCGGUGCUUCUUGUAAAUGGCAAGGAGCUCUUUCUGAAGUCAUGGACCAUUUGAAAAAAAUCCAUAAAAGCAUCACCACUUUGCAAGGAGAGGAUAUCGUAUUUCUGGCAACUGAUAUCAACCUUCCUGGGGCUGUGGAUUGGGUGAUGAUGCAGAGUUGUUUUGGCUACAAUUUCAUGCUUGUGCUAGAAAAACAAGACCGAGAUCAAGGUCAGCAAAUGUUUUAUGCUGUUGUCCAGUUAAUCGGAGCUAAAAAGGAAGCAGAGUUAUUUAUGUACAGACUGGAACUAUCCACCAUGAGAAGAAGGCUUGCAUGGGAAGCCACUCCUCGAAGUAUCCAUGAAGGAGUUGCUCAAGCUAUUCAACAAUCUGAUUGUUUAGCUUUUGAUACAUCAACAGCGCAAUUAUUCGCUGAAAACGGGAAUCUUGGCAUAAAUGUAACUAUUAGUAUGGCUUCGGCAGAUCCUGUUAUGCUUUCGAGUAACCGUUAG